UGUGGUGUCAUGUUUCCUGGAGAUUCCGUCUUGUUCAGUAGUUGAACCUCCAUGCUCGUGCAACAAUAAUUACAUUGACUGCUCCAAUGGUGGACUCACAGUUCUCCCGAUGAUCAGCACUGCAGUGAAAAAUUCCAGUGAGCAAAUACAUACAAUUUACCUACUUAACAACAACUUCACCUACAUACCAGAUGACUAUUUCAAAAGUCUACAUAACCUAAAGCAUAUAUGGUUGGAACAUAACUGUAUUAGGAACAUAAGUGACAGCGCUUUCCGCGGCUUGGAGUCAAGUCUUACUUUUCUAGAUUUAUCAGAUAACCAACUGACAACCGUUCCAUCAGCACUGAGGGUUUUGAAUCAUCUAGAAACACUAAAUCUGCAACAAAAUCCAAUUUCAUCCUUCGACCCCUAUGCAUUUAAAGGUGUUAGUAAGUCGGUUUUGGAAUUGAGUAUUGAUUUGGGACUAUUUUCAACAUGGCCUGAAGAAUUAAGCUUGUUGCAAAAUGUUUCGCUCAUACAACUGCAAGAAAUGAAUUUUUCGACGGUGCCCGAUGAAGCCUUUUCAAACUGGACACAACUGCAUCGCUUCUCUUUGUGGGGCACCAGGCUAGAGGUAAUCCAAAGAGCAUUGUGUAACGUUAAAUCUACAUUUGACUUGUAUCUCUUCUUUAAUACUGCGAUACAAUCAGGCACAAACCUUUUUCAGACUUGUAACAAGAGUUCCUCUUCUCAACCGUUCUUCAAUCGAGUUGUUCUUAACGGAAGCAACCUAAAACGAAUUUCGAACAUAAUCACUUCUUUUCCGGAAAUGACAUAUUUGGCGAUAACAAACAAUCCUUUGCUUGGAUUCAUAUCAAACGAAGAGGUACCCGACAACUCCAACUUAACCAUUCUUGUCUUAAGAAACAAUAGUUUCAACCGCUUUCCGGAGGCUCUUCAGAAUCUACCGAAUCUGAAAUAUCUCGACCUUUCUUACAACCACAUCCAGUCACUACAACGACAUGAUUUGGACGGAAUGACUCAACUAAGGAGUAUUGACCUAAACAAUAAUCCUCUUCAAUACGUCUCAGGAGACGCGUUCAAUGCAGCUGUUUUGCUUUCCAACAUAGGUUUUCAAUCGACAAAUCUUACUACCAUUCCACAAGCGCUUUCAUCUGCGCACAGUCUUCGUGUUAUUUAUUUUGCGGAAUCACCGAUUGAAUGUUCUUGUUCCAUGUUACCAUGGCUGGAUGCAUGGGUCCAAGGUUUAGGGAAUUUAUAUGGAAACUGUGAAAAUGAAAACACGCACUUAUCGGACUUUAUCACGAAACAACUACCGAACUGUACAUACUGAAAAGUUAUGUUUAUACAUGUAUUACGAUCAAUGUUGACCACGAUUUUGACCAAAGUUUAGGAAACGCAUGAACAUAUUUGUGAAAUAAAGUUUAAAAGGAAGAUCAGACACUCUCCAAUA